CGGGCGGGGCGCGGAACGGCGGAGCCUAGCAACCCCUGGCCUUCAAGGAGGCCCGAGCAUUGCAUCUUUGCAAAGAGCAGCAUCCUCCUCUGCAGCAUCCUCCUUCCAAAAGGAGGGGGGAAGAUUGGCAGGCUGACCCGAGGGGCUGCGAACGAGAGGAAGAGAGACGUCCACUUUGCCGGAUGCCCACCUUUUAAGCCAGACGUCUGACCAYCCCUCAACACCCGGCCGGAGAGUCUUGACCAGCACCUGGAGGGGAGGAAGGCACUCUGUUGUGUUCCACUCUGCUCUGUGUGGRGGAGAGGUUGAGGUCAGAGCUCAGGAAUUUGCCAAACACMUUCUCCUGGGGCCUCGUCCAGGAAUUCCAGCCGGCCCUUGAGGCGGCUGCAUGUGGGACUCACCUGCCGAGCAGGUGCCCCAGGCCCUCAGCUGCCUCAGGUCUGCCUCCAAGACUUCAGAGAUGCUGGAGGAGGGCUAUUGUUAGGGGCCCCGCCGGGGAUUCGCAUCACCCCCUGGGGGGCUUAUCAGUGGCCAGCGCCAUUCUCGCCGCCGUCCUCCCCCUCCCGCCCCGGGAAGCAGCCAUUUUUGCUACCUUGGGCCCACGAUGCGCCCCGGGGGCGGUGGCUCCGGGGGCGUUCUCCAGCGCUGCCGCUUCACGUCCCGCGCCCGCUUCAAAGCCCGGCCUGCUGCAGACGGCCCCGCGGCCGCCUAGCCCCAUGCAGGAGGGGGUCCUGGGGGAGCCCGGCCGCCCCCCCGAGAGCCAUGUCAAGAGCCUGCUCAUGUCCUGCCUGAAGGGGCAGCAGGUCAUGCUCAAGAUGGAGGCCAUGAAGAUCAUCCACCCAGAGAAGUUCCCUCCGGAGCGCCAGGGCGUCGGAGUGGGACCUGCUUCCUCGCGCUGUUUUGCCCCGGCACCCCGCCGCGAGCCUCCCCUGGCCGCCAAGCGAGCCUGGCCCUCCGAGCCGGAGAUCAUCGUCAACCAGGCCUGUGGGGGGGAUCUCCCGGCGCUGGACCCCCCCGGCCCUCUGGGGCUCCCCCGGACGCCCCCCCUGCCCCGGCGCGGAGAGCGCAUCUGCUUCCACCGGCCCCCGCCACCCUUGCCGCUGCCGCCAGCCCCCUCCUCCUGCUCCCCGUCUUCAGAUGAGGUGAUCGCCAACCAGUACGCUUUGCAGCCCCCUCCGCCGCUGCCCCCACCACCGCCGGCAUCGCCCUGCGAGCCCCUGGAGUGUCCCACCUGCGGCCACCGCUACAACUUCACCCACAAGCGGCCGCGCAUCCUCUCCUGCCUGCACUCGGUCUGCGAGGAGUGCCUGCAGAUCCUCUACGAGUCCUGCCCCAAGUACAAGUUCAUCUCCUGCCCCACCUGCAAGCGCGAGACCGUCCUCUUCACCGACUACGGCCUGGCCGCCCUGGCCGUCAACACCAGCAUCCUCAACCGCCUGCCCGCCGAGGCCCUGGCUGGCCCCGGGAACCCCGUCCAGUGGAGCAGCGAGGCCGACCGCAGCUGCUACCAGACCUUCCGCCAGUACUGCGGUGCCGCCUGCACCUGCCACGUCCGCAACCCGCUCUCCUCCUGCACCAUCAUGUGAGCCGUGGACAGUGGGGCCCUGCCAUUGCACCCUCUCCCUUCUGUCUCCCUUCUGGACCAAGGGCCGUUUGCACAGAGAGGAACCUGA